AUGUCCACUACCGUCCCUACUCUUCAGAAAAUCGAGCAGCCAGAGACUAUCUUGAAGAAGCGUAAGCAGGACAACAAGGCUAGGGAGGAGAAGCUGGCCAAGGCUGCUGAUGCAAAGAAGGCGCAACAAGCAAAGCGCAAGGUCAUCUUCAAGCGUGCAGAGCAGUACGUCAAGGAGUACAGAAUCAGAGAAGCUGAGGAAGUCCGCUUGAAGCGUGUUGCUCGUGCCAACGGCGACUUCUACGUCCAACCACAGCCAAAGGUUUACUUUGCGAUUCGUCUGCGUGGUGUUUCAAACAUUGCACCAAAGCCACGUAAGGUUAUGCAGCUCUUGCGUCUCCUUAAGAUCAACUCCGGUGUCUUUAUCAAGGUAAACAGAGCCACCGAGCAGAUGCUUAAGAUGGUUGAGCCAUAUGUCGCAUACGGUGAACCAAACUUGAAGUCCAUCCGUGAAUUGAUCUACAAGCGUGGAUAUGGUAAGGUGAACAAGCAACGUAUCCCUCUCCAAGACAACAGCAUCAUUGAGAAGGAACUCGGUCAAUACGACAUACUCUCAAUUGAAGAUUGCAUCCACGAGGUUGCCACCGCUGGCCCACACUUCAAGCAAGUCACCAACUUCUUGUGGCCAUUCCACCUCAGCUCUGCAAACGGCGGUUACAGACCACGUAAGCUCCUUCACUUUGUUGAAGGUGGUGAUGUUGGUAACAGAGAGAAGUUUGUCAACGAUCUCAUCCGUAAGAUGAACUAA